AUGAAGGUACACAUGCACACAAAAUUUUGCAUCAUUUGUUUGCUGACAUUUAUCUUUCAUCAGUGCAAUCAUUGCCAUGAAGAUGGACAUGACCAUGGUCCUAAAGAGGAGCAUACACACUACCAUAAUGACUAUCAGAUCUCAAAUGCAUCCUACUUCCAGAAUGGAGGAACAGAAUCUGUGCCGAGUAAAUUUUCAACAUUGGAAGCUGAAAAUGAACAAAAAUACUACAUUGAAAAGAUUUUUGAUCGUUACGGUGAAAAUGGAAGAUUGUCUUUUUUUGGCCUAGAAAAACUGUUAAUAAGCCUUGGUUUAGGACAGGUGAAAGUAGUGAUGAUAAAUCAUGAUGAUAUUGGCCAUGAUCAUGUUUCUCACUUAUAUGCUUUAGAAGUACAGGAAGGAAAGCAUUUUCACGCUCACAACCAUCCUCAUAGCCACUCACAUUCAGAAAACCAAACCACGGUUGGUAUGGCUGCAAAGAGAAAUCAUAAAUGUGACUCUGAGAGAGACGCAGCAGCGCCGUCUGUAAAAGAUGAUGGCAAACACAUUCAUGACCAGAGUCGCCAUCACCAUCACCACCACCCUCGUCUACAUCAUCACGGCCAUAACGGGACACAUCAUUCUCAUAAUGAUUCUGUUAGUCACAGUGAACACGGAGAACAGAACCAUGAACCUUCAACAGAGACAAACACAACUCAGGAUCAGCCAGAAAGAAAACAACGGAAACAGAAGAAGAAGCAAAAGAAGAUCAGUGAAACUUCAGGAGAUGCCCCAAAUCGUGAUCCAGGUGAUCAGUAUGAGCACAAUCGUGUUCAUAAACAUGAUCAUGUACAUGAUGCAUCUCACUUGCACGUACACCAUCACGAACACAGUAGUGAACGUUCUGCUAGUCACGGACAUCAAGAUUCCAGUUUGAGUAACGAGGAUGGACACCACCAUGCCAGCAAGCAAGAGACCCCUCAGAAGCAGAUUAGUGUAAGAAAACAUGCUGUUUUCUCAACACGUAGUCAUAAGGAUCAUAAUGAAGAUGAACGGGAGCGUGAAGAGUGCUUAAACGUUACGCAGCUGCUGCGGUACUAUGGCCUGGAAGCCAGCUCUCCAAUAUCUCCUGAAUUGUUCGUGUACAUGUGUCCUGCUUUGCUGUACCAGAUUGAGAGAAGGCUUUGUAUUGUACAUUAUGAUGAGCUUGAAGAUCUCAUGAAGAGUAAAAAUGCAUCAAUUGAGAAUAAAGAUAAAACCGGUGCAUCAGCCUGGUUUUGUGGUAUCAUCUCUAUCACCGUCAUUAGCCUGCUUUCCUUGCUAGGUGUGAUCUUGGUUCCCAUCAUUAACCAAUGGUGCUUCAAAUUUCUUCUAACUUUCUUGGUAGCUCUGGCUGUAGGAACAAUGAGUGGAGAUGCACUGCUCCAUCUGUUGCCACAUUCACAUGGAGGCCACAACCACAGUCACCACCAUGGCCAAGGUCAUGUUCAUGAACACAAGCGGUCCCAUCGACAUGCCCACGGACAUGGAGUACGGACUGAAGGCUUUCUGGAAGAAAAUGAUCCAGUGCUGAAAGGCCUUGUGGCACUUGGAGGCAUUUACGUUCUGUUCAUCAUUGAGCACUGUAUAAGGAUGUACAAGCAUUACAACAAACAAAAGAGUAAGCAGAAAUGGUGCAAGAAGAAACAGACUGAAGAAUCGCCAAUUGGAAGGAAACUCUCCGAUCACAAGUUAAAUAACAGGCCUGAUGCUGACUGGCUUCAGCUCAAACCCCUUGCAGGAGCAGACGACUCUGUUUUAUCCGAAGACCGGCUCAAUGAAACAGAACUCACUGAUCUAGAUGGCCAGCUGGAAUCCCCUCCCAAAAACUUCUUGUCUGUAGAAGAGGAGAACAAUAUGCACCAUACUCACAAUGACGUCUCACGUGGCACUCAAGAGCAUGAUCUUCACGAUGCAGAGUAUGACAGCCAUGGCGAAGAUAAAAUGAUAGCUAGAAAACACAGUCACCACUGGCAUCACAAACAUUCCCAUCAUUCCCAUGGCCACUGUCAUUCUGGAAAAGACCUGAAAGAUACUGGGAUAGCUAAUAUUGCUUGGAUGGUAAUUAUGGGAGAUGGCAUUCACAACUUUAGUGAUGGCUUAGCAAUCGGAGCAGCUUUUAGUGCUGGACUGACAGGAGGAAUUAGUACAUCUAUAGCGGUAUUUUGCCACGAGCUUCCCCACGAAUUAGGUGACUUUGCUGUGCUGCUGAAAGCAGGUAUGACGGUAAAGCAAGCUAUUGUGUACAACCUCCUGUCUGCCAUGAUGGCUUACGUCGGGAUGCUGAUAGGCACAGCGGUGGGACAGUACGCUAACAACAUCACCCUGUGGAUCUUCGCAGUCACGGCAGGCAUGUUCCUCUAUGUGGCACUGGUUGACAUGCUUCCAGAAAUGCUUCAUGGAGAUGGAGAUAAUGAAGAGCACGGUUAUUGUCCUGUGGGGCAGUUCAUUCUUCAGAAUCUAGGCCUGCUCCUUGGCUUUGCCAUCAUGCUGGUGAUUGCCCUCUAUGAAGAUAAAAUUGUGCUUGACAUCCAGUUUUGA